CAUGGUCAUAUAAAGACAAAUUUUGUUCAUGAUCAUAAAUGAUGAUUUAGAUAUGGUCAUAUAUAAUUACAUAUAAAAUUUUUACUCGGGAGACCAUCUACUUGAGCCGAGUCAGCACAUCGAAUACGCGAUUAUAGUCGAGAACGUGUUGGUUAACGCCUUAUUUGUUGCAUCACUGCAUCGCUGUCGAGAUGCAGUUUCUGAACGAUUCUAGUUCAUUACUGUCACGAUGGCGAGCAAUUGCGCCGACAGCAUAGUGCAUCACGCUCGACAAGAUCUAACCAUUGAGGAUAAAACAUACGCGGCGGCACAUUUGAACGAAACUGACGAGAUUAGAGAGAACGCCCUCGCAGAGAUUAAACGCUGGAUUGAAGAAAAUGACGACUUGCCCUUGCAAAUCGAUGAUUUCCUUAUUCUACGAUUUUUGAGAGUUUGCAAAUUUGAUGUCGAGAAAACUAAGGACAGGAUUCGAAACCAUUACCAGCAACAAUCCGACUUACCGGAAUGGUACACAAACAAGGAUCCUUUUCGACCGGAAUUGCAAGAGCUGCUUGAUCUGGGAAUACAUGUACCACUGCGAAAGCCAGACAGUCAAGGAAGACUUGUUUUACUGAUGCGCAUAAGUCGGUAUGACCCAAAUAUACACGAAAUAUCAAAUGUAAUUAAGGUCUAUAUACUGACGCUAGAAACGGCGAUGAAGUAUUAUCCCGCAGGAUCUAUAUAUGGUGUGGCAUUCUAUAUAGAUAUAUCCAAUCCAACUGCGCGCCACAUUUUUCAACUCUCUCCCUUUGUAUUAAAAAAUAUAGCCCAUUCAUGGCAAAAGUGCUAUCCUGUGAGAUAUCAGAAGAUUGUUUUUGUUAACACAUCAACAGUUUUUGAUAUUCUUAUUAGCACUUUCAAAUUCUUUCUGGCAGAAAAGUUAAAAAGCAGAGUAUUUGUCUUCAAACACAACCACUGUUUCGAAGAUAUUCCAGCUGAUAACUUGCCUAUCGAAUAUGGCGGUACCGAUGGAACAAUGCAGGAGUUAACAGAACAUUGGAAAAAAUUGAUCGAAGAGAAUCGCGACUGGAUUACGCAGGAUGAGAAUGGCCAAAGUGUCCUGACAGUUGAACCUAUAGAGGAAGAUUUUCAGCAGACACAUUUAUAACUUGUUGAUGGUUAAGGCAGUAAAGUAAUAAAGCCCAUUUCUAGCUCCAACGCAAAUUAACUUUAAUCUUACUUUAAUUUAUUUUUCCGUUUUCAAAUUCUUAGAGCUAAAGAAAGAUAAAGAGUAACUCAAACUGAGAUUAAAGUUAAUCUGCUUGGUAGAAAUAGGUACAAGAGUAUAUUAACCUUGGUUCAAGUGUUUAUUUUACGCAAAAUAUAUUGAUUCUUUUUUCUUUUUGCACAGAAAGCACGUAAAAUCAUAUUGCAUAAAGAGAUGUACAAAGUUAAGCUUUUAAUAAAAAUUUCAUAUAUGUUUAAACUAUGUGAAUAAGUUAAAUUCAUUUUAAUUGUCUUGCAAUCUAUUAACUCAUUUUACAUGAUGAAUUUUAUUGUUUAAACUAGAAAUAAAAGAUAUACCCAUAUUUUA